AUGGGGCCUUUGCAAAAUGGGGCAGAGAAAUCAUGCCAUUGGCAGCUGGGACUCUUACAUUCUAUAAUUCCUGCCCUGAAGCGAGGCGCUAAACUGAUCAUCAACGAUCGGGUGAUUCCCAGCCGGGGUCAAGCUCAUUACUUGGUCGAGCGUGAAGCACGGGACUACUAUAUGUAUAUGCUCGCUUUCCAGAAUGCCAAGGAGCGGACUACUGAUGAUUGGGCGCAGUUGUUUGAGCAAACCGACUCGCGCUUCGAGCUCACGAAGGUGUCUCACUCUGGCAAGUCCAAACUGGCGGUUGUGGAGGUGACUUGGAAGGGCUGA